GGUAUUUUGAGUGAUGAGGCCAACGCAUCAAGUCACUUUUCUCUUUUUCAUUCUAACACGAACCUCCUACUUCGGAUCAAGAGAUCCUCAAUAAUAAUUCUAAUAACGAAACAAUAUUCAUGAACACCACAACUAUUUAAACUCUUCCCUAUCGAACCGUCGUCAAGGCCUGGUACACACAUCCAUAUUUAUAUCGCUCCCCUGUGUGAAGAGCACACUUUGUCAUGGGUGAAAAGGAUAUGCGUCUGCGUCUUGUCGUGCGGAGGGAUGGAUAUCCGGAAGUAAGACUCAUUUGGAAUGUGUCUCUAGAGAACGAUCCGACUAUCUCGAAGCUGCUGGAGAAGGUGAAUGAGACCUUCCCUCUAGAGAUCGAACAGAAAGGGCUGGAGAACUAUGUAGUCGAACUUCAUGACAACGAUGGCACAAGCUUCGAAUGCUUACACUUCCAAACUGUACGAUCUGUCCUAAAACCCGAUGACCGAGUUUUCAUCCGAGCCCUCGAUCGAGACGACAAUAAGCAACGUCGAAUCAGUGGCCGAUACAGGAUAUCAUCCGAUGGCAGACAUUUGAUUGACGGUAUCCCUUUUGGACGCCGUCGCCUGAAAGUUUCCAGUAGCCAAGCUCCCGUUGUUCUUCCUCCGCGGAAGCGUGCCAGACUUGCGUAUAAUCAGGAAGACCUAGACGACGACGACGAUGACGACGACUUCUUAGGAGACGAAGAAGACACACCUAUGCUACUUAUCACCAAUGGCGAACAAGACAGUGAAAUAGGGAACUCUUCGAGCGUCAGAAUAAAUGCAGAGUUCGAUGAUGCUGAUGCCGAUGCCGAGGAUGAUGAUCCCGACAGUGAAGCAGAGAUAGACGACGUAAACGAUUAUCCUGCACCUGAGCCCCAACCCGAAGAUUCUGAUCAGGACCAAUCAGAAGCACCAAGCGACGAAGAUAUAGAAGAUGAGGAGCUUGAGGAUGAAGAUCUCGAAGACGAACUUCAAGAUUUGAUGAAGGAUAAUGCCGAUUACAACACGGAGGAAGAAGUGGAGUCAGAAGUAGAGCAAGAGGCAGGAUCUUCUGACAUGGAAACUUCAGAUGAUGGAGGGUUAAAUAAGAUACUUGCACUGCAAGCUGCAUUUCCCUCGGCACCGGCGGCACUCUGCAAAAAGCUUUUAGAUAGCUCGAACGGUGACUUAAAGGCGACGUACAAUGGUCUUGUUAAUGCGUUUGAACCAAAACUUCCAGAAUACGCGUUGUUAGCUUUGUGUUCUUCAGGAGAACAGACGUCGCGAAAGACAAGUAUCCCUCAAAGUGGAGCGCCAGUGGGUACUACAUCGAAUGUAUGUGCAAAGGAAAGUUAUGACGCCACUGAGGAAGACGAGGAUCAGUGGGAAUCAGCUGAAGAAGAAGAUGAGGAAGAAGUUCCUGACUUUGUACGGCAAUUUGAUCAUCGCGGCCUUCCUCCUGGCUCAAUUACUUCAGGCAAGGGACUAGCGCAAAUGGCGGCGGUAUCCGGUUCGCUUACUAACAAUUAUAUCAAUGGCGAGAGCGAAACAACAUCGACCUUGAACGAAAGUAAGGGAAGCCCUGAGAAGGCAAUGGAGGAAGACGAUGACACAUCUAGCGACGAUACAGGCUUUGGCUCCGAGGACGAAGACUCUGAAUCCGAAAGUGAUGGCACUUCUGAAAGCGAUGAUAGGGCUCUAUCAGAUAGCGACGACGACGACGAAGAUGACGACAGCAAUAAUAGUGAAGUUGAUAGUGACGGUAAUAGUGUUGAUCUCGAAGACGAUGAUUCUUCUAUGUCCCACAAUGUGUCAUCCGGGUCAAAUUCUGGUUCGGAUAGCCUAAGUGAGGAUGAUAGCGAGGAUAACAGUGAAGACGACAACGACGACAACGACGAUAACGAGAGUGGACCGGAGGAGUCAUCUACGAGACUCCCACUUUCUAUACAACAACCAAGUGUUAAUCAAGAAAACAACUCGAGUCAAGACACUACUAGUAGCGAGUCUUCAAGUGAUAGCGAUAUAUCUUCCUCCGAAGACAAUUCCGAGGCCGAAUCAAGUUCGGAAUCUGAAAAUGAACAGGUCGAAGAAGAGCCGCCUUCGGAUCUCAAAGAGGCAGCAAGGCCACAGAUUGCCAAAGAAUCGAGUAGAGCUGCACAACAGAACCAGUUGCCCCCCGUAUCAGUGAAUCCGACUCCCGGGGCCAAUCCAGUACCGGUACCUCCAGGAGCCGGUAAGGAGAGCACAAAGAAGCGAAAUGCGCGCCGCCGGGCAGCAAAACGAGCUAAAAAGCAAGCUCAACAAGCUACAACUACAGAUACUACGGCCAUAAAUAAGGAAGCCGAGCCCCCUGCUCCAAUUCUAGACGAAAAGGCUCUUUUUGAAGCCAAACGUCAAGAAUUGUUGAAUGCGAUUGCUAAUGGUGGGGUGGAAAUUAGUCUAUCUAGCCAAUUAGACGACUCAUCGAGAGCUUCAAAUGCAACAAAAAGAAAGCGCCAGGAAUCGGACGGAGUUGACCAUCAGACUAUCCAAGAAGCUACACCCGCGAAGACACCCGCAAGCGAAGAUGAUCAGUCGUCAGGUUCGAUCCAGAAAAAGCGUCGAUUAGAUGUAGGCGCUGGUCGGAGAAUGCUCUUCGGGGCAUUAGGUCUCCGCAAUCCUAAAACUAAAGAAGACGAGGAAAAGCUACGAGAAAACCUUAUGAAGGAUGUUCGACCUGUUGAAAACCCGAGACUUAAGCAAGAUUAUAGUAACGCAGAGCAGGCAGACGGUGGAGAGGGAAAAUCAACAAACGACCCUGAUGCUUGGAAAAACAAAAUCAUCUAUCGAGCUGUAGAGUGUUGCCAAGAAGGAAUAGUGCUCAGCGAACCUCCUUUUCCGUUCAUCCAGCGAUGGGAUCCCCAGCAGAAAGGGUAUUGGUCUGAGAAGAAAAAUAAACGUGGUGGCCAAAGUAAGCGAGCACAGCGCAACGAAGCCCAUUUUUACCAGGACAGCCGCUCUAGCAAAAAGCGGAAGCACGAUGAGUCCGCUAUGUGGGACGAAGAGGGAUACGAUGACACAUUUAACGGCAUCGAUGACACUACCGAUGCAGACGUCGAGCUCAACUACGAUGAUCCCGAAGACGAUCAACAUAACGAGACGAACGGGCAUACUAAUGAUGCAAGCCAGUUCACCGACAUGGACGAUCUCCCAUCUUUGCCUUCAGAUUUGUCAACGCUCCCUGAUCUACGCCCCGGAGAAGUCCAAGCUGGUAUGGUGAUUACAUGGCAGCAGUGGUCAUGUUCGUCAGCAACCGGCUGGCAACCACAACUUUCUAAUGUGACCGGUGUCGUGGUUAGGAUUGACGAUGACGCUACUGGCGUGGAAGUCUGCCUUGCUAAACGGGACCGGUAUUUAGAUAAAAACGAGAAGAAAUAUGACCACAAGGGUCAGCGAGUUUAUGAUAGAUUCGAAGCGCCUGAUUUUGACGAGGAGGAGGAAGAAGAAGACGAGGGCUUUCGAACCAUGGGCUUUGCUGAAAUGCAACAGCCGAAAAUCCUUCAACAGCCGUUACCCGUGAUGACAACUCGCGAAGAACGUAUGGAGCCCGCUAGCAACCGCCCUGCUGAAAACCUAGCCCCGGAGGUGGAGCCAACUACCGCUACCGAAGAUAUGCAAACCGAUGCCCCAGAACAAUGCAACUCAGAACUAACGAAACAAAACGCGCCUAGUGUUGAGAAACCGCAGGCAUCUCAGGUUAAGCAGGGGCAACAAACCAGCGAUGGAUCAGAAUCGGGUCUAUCUCAAAUUAGUAGCCCUUCCCGACAGUUGCAUGAGAGCACCAGCCAAGCCAUCGGUGGAAUAAUCGGUGAUCGGUCUGCACAUGAUACUUCAAGCCACGGAGAUGUCACCUCGGAUAUUCCGUCAGAUAAACCUAGCCUUGAUAUCUCAGGUUCGGGAAUUCCGAGUGUUCGACAGUCAUCCGCCCCGUUGUUUGAUAGCCACGAGGAUGAUGUUGUUGUUGGAACACCAAAGAAAAUCAAAUCUAAAGCCAUUAUCCCCCCUUCAUCAGUGGGCAGUGCUCGUAGUGGACGGCAGCCAGAUUAUGGCAUGGACAUGAACGAUACACAACCGGAUUCAUUCAAAAAUACAGAUGAUGGAGUCUCAAACUCGGAAGGUCCACGUGGCCCAGGAUCCGAUGAGGACGUAUCGACCCCUACGCCAAAACCGAAUCGCCAGAGCCAGUCAACUAUUUUCAAGCAAGAGGGAACUGUAGAAAAUCACCAAUCAUCAUCACCGGCGAAUCCAUCAACUCCCAGCUCGCUGUCAUCUAUCAAUACUGUUUGGAACACGGCCCGUACAGCACUCUCUUCCAGGAAUACGCAAACUCCAUCUCAGUCUCAAUCUCAGUCUCAGUCCAUCACUACCAAAAUCCGAGCUCUAAAAGACCAAGAGUAUGAGGAAGCGAUGAGGAAACUUGACGAUUUUUCAGACGACCAGGAGAGCAUGUCAAGGGUUCCCGAUAGCUUCAAACAAACUAGCCAGGCGUCGGGGCUCGGUGGUGUUAACAGAUCCGACAAGCCUAAGCCUGUAGUUAAACCACGUUCGAAUUCACCACAGGUUAAAAUCUCGCCUCCUCCAACGAAGAGACGAAGAUCAACUAAACCGCCAACUCAGUUCACGCUUCCUCCCGGGACACAGGUGGUCGACUUAUCCUCGGAUUCGGAACCUGCUUAUGCAGAGAAUUACGCUGAUGACGAUGUAGAUGGAACCUAUUCUCCUGAACCGGACAGCUUUCCUAGAAGCAAUGGGUGGGUGCAUAAGAAAGCGGAUGUGAAGAACCGCAAACCAAGGAACGUGUCGGCGCCUAUUGGAUCCCACUCGACGAAGAAGGAAUUAUUUUCAUCGUCACAAAGCUACCAGCCGUCGUUACCUACAUCCUCUAUCUCCAACCCUAACCGGUUCAAAGCUCGGAAGACAAGCUCAAGAUUCUAGCUGAUGUUAUUUGGGAAACGUGGUUCUGAACCGGGCAUAUGAACGCUAUUAUCGUAGAAAUUCUGGUAUUCUGGUUUGCGGAGAUGAUUUAAUGUGUUUGCCCGGGCGAUUAUCAUCUAUGGAUACUAUAAAAGGUGAAGAAAUCCGAGAAAAUGAAAUCUCUAUGCACCACUUCGAGGUUCGAGACGGUAUUCAUAGAUAAUUAGGAUGGCGUGUAUCACAUUAUGCAUGUCCAUCCCCUAAUACAUGAAUAAUUUAGUGAGUUGUACUAGAUAGCUGAGCGAAUAGCUAAGCAAAUGAAGACAACAAUACAAAUAUUGGGGAUGAUCCGUUUUCACAGUGAAAAUCAUACAAUAUAGC